CCCACGUUGUGUUUGGCGUGGACAAGAAGACAAGACGACGAUGCGAGGCGGAGGCGCAACAGGCGCAGCCGCUGCGGCUGCGGCGAGAUGGUCGUUGUUGCGGUGUGGAGGGACUGGAAGCAAUAGCGUCAGGGUCAGUGCUGUGCAGAGGGGUGGGUUGGUUGCGAGAAGCAGCCAAAUAAGAAGAGGUAGUGCCCGUGCACAACAACAGAUAUUUGCUGGAUGCAGACGCUGGAGCAGCAACAGCACCUUGAGCAGCUCCAUCAACACCACCGCCAACCAGAGCAGCAGCGGAAGCGGCGGCGUAAGGGCCAGCUGCUGGUGCUCGUUGAUGCCCAAGGGCGGGAGCACCAUGCGCCAUGGUCGCCAGCAGGUUACUUUGCCACACACCAGCUUGCGUUAUCUAUCGCACACACAAUCAUCAUCAGCAGCAGCAGCAACGGCUGGCGCCGCGCCAUGGCUGCACUGGCAUCGCCAUGCACACGCUUCAGCGCCUCAACCACAGCAGCCACAAGCGCAACACCAGCACCGCAGGCGAUACUCCUCCAACGGAGAGACACCGUCGGUAGCAGACACGCUGCCGUUAUCAGACACGCCGAUGGUGGCAGAUGCGCAUGCGAACACAACAGCACCGAGCACAGUAGCUGGCGCCGCGGACCAAGCAGCCACGCGGACCGCAAGCGCGGAUGACUCGUGCACGGCACCUUCAUCCACACUGCCCGUGUACAGCAAAGUCACGCAGCAGUUGCUGGGCAUGCUGAGGCGAGUGUCCGAGCAAGAGGAGAACGCGCCGCAGGGCAAGAAGGCCACCAAGCCUGGUCUCAUUGAGCAGCUGGUGGAAGAGAAGCGCUGUGUCUCUCAGGUGCAGGAGUACUUGGCCAUGUUUGAAGUGCACGUGCAGAACGGCAACAUCAACUUGGCAGAGGAGAUCCUGUACAACGAAGACCUGCGGCUGCCAAUCACCACGGACAAGUUCAACAUCCUCCUCAAACACUGCGCCAAACACACGUAUGAUCUUCGUUGCGAGAGCAUUUUCAACCACAUGCUGCACAUGAACGUCCCGCCAGAUGCAACCACAUAUGCCCUGCUCAUCCUUGCCAUCAGACGCCACGACAAGCCAGAUGCCAUCCGCCACAUCCUACAGCUUGCAGCUGACAUGGGGUUUUCUCAUCACGAUAUGCUGCGCGCACCGCUCUUCGCCACAGACAUCAACUUGCUCGACCUCUUCAAGAAGCAACUGCAGCGCGUCGGGCUGGCGGAUGCGAGCCGGCCGCGACCGCACGUGGUGGACGUCGAGUUGUACGAGCAGCAGUGGAACCAGGAGGCAUCACUCGGUGUAUCCCUGGAUGCGAUUCCCACGCGAUCGACGCGCGAAGCGUUUGACGAGUUCAUGGCGAAGCCAAACGUAGAUUCGGAGACGAACAUGUCUGCGUAUCACAUCUGGAUCGACGACAUUGCAGCCGCCAUCGACCACCAGCGCGAGAUCAUGGUCUCGUCCCCUAAACAAGUGGAUGCUGAGCUGGCGUGGAAGAUUCUGUACAACAGCUUCGUCGACUCCCGCGCCAUCGCUACUGCCGCCCUCUCAGUCUUUGAGCACCAGACCGCGGCCAACCCGUACGGCUGCAAGAUGAACUCGAUGGUGAUGAGUAUUGGCCGCGCUGUGUACCGCACAUUCGCCGUCGCCCUGGCCCGCGAAGCUGGCCCCUCCGACCUGGAGCGAACGGUGUACGCCCGCUAUCACCAGAUAAUGUCGGACAGAGAGCAGAUGAAGAAACACAGCCCGUCAAAGCUCUGGCGCCAGCUCAUGAAGGAAUACUCGAUUGAGUCGGGUGUCUCUGUUCCCAACGAGGACUCGGGUCUCGCCUUCUGGACACCGCGGAUGCUGGGUGCUGUUGGUGGCGAAAUGAUCGACCUGGUCCUGCGAAAGGCAACACUGUCUGCCAUCACAGGGAGAGCCGAAGACAAGGAACUGCCCGCGUUUUAUCACACGUAUGAAUUUGAGGGAACAAAACGUUUUGGUUUCAUCCGCACCCACGACACCGUCCAAGAUUACUCGUACAACUUUGUCGCCACCAACGCCCAGCUCGGAAAGAAUGUGUUUCGGCGGUCGAUUGACGCCGUGAACCUGCCGAUGUUGGUCCUGCCAAAGCCCUGGACGGGCGUGCGCACGGGUGCCAGCCUCGUCUCCCCAGUGACGAUCAUGCGCACGUUUGAUUCGCACUUCCACCACUACGCGCUGCUUGCGGAGACGACCCACCUGCUCGACGAUAUGUUUGAUGCCCUCACCUACCUCUCCUCCAUGGCAUGGCGUGUCAACACAAAGGUGUUUGAUGUGGUGCGCGCCGCUUUUGAGGCGGAAGUUGGCGUUGAAGAGCUCGCGAUUGCACCGCACAUCAUUCAGCCGCCGCCAGUGCCAGCAAGGACGGCAGACAUGUCUGCGGAAGACAAAGCCAAGUACCAGCGCCAAGUCAUGGAGCAUCGAAAGCAGAGCUCGGAAGCGUAUUCCCAACGCACCACUCUCCACCUCAAGCUCAUGGUCGCACAGGCGCUGCGGGACCAGGACUUUUACCUCCCGCACAACCUUGACUUCCGUGGGCGCGCGUACACCAUCGCUCCGUACCUGACACACAUUGGUGACGACCUUUCCCGCGGCCUCCUUGUGUUUGCCGAGAAGAAGCCGCUGGGGAAGAACGGCCUGCGCUGGCUGAAGAUCCAUCUUGCAAACGUCUACGGCAAUGACAAGUGCUCAUUGGACGACCGCGAGAAGUUUGCUGAAGACAACAUGCACCACGUCGAAGAGACUGUUCGCAAUCCCCUCCGCUUCCUCGAGGACGGGGAGCCCAUGUGGUGGCUCCAAGGCGACAACCCCUGGCAGGUUCUGGCUGUGUGUAACGAGCUACAUGACGCAAUGUGUGCCCCAAACCCGGAGGAAUUCGAGUCCGGUUUUCCUGUCCACCAGGAUGGCACGUGCAACGGCCUGCAGCACUACGCAGCGCUUGGACGCGACGUGGAAGGUGCGCGACACGUGAAUCUCGUGCGCGUUCCGGAAGACGACCGCCCGCAGGACGUGUACAGCGCCGUUGCUCGCACGAUCGACACGCACUUGCAGCGCCACGCACAGGGCGACUUCUCAUCCACGUCGAAGCUGCCCGUAUCACACGAGGUGGCGCAGGAGCUUGCGUCGCUGCUGGUGGCACAAGGCCCCAUGAAACGCAAGAUUGUCAAGCAGACGGUGAUGACGAACGUGUACGGCGUGACGUUCGUCGGCGGGCGGGAGCAGAUAGGGCGCCAGCUGAAGGCUGCCAAGGUGGUGCCGCCUGAGAAGGUGUAUGCGACGGCGUCAUAUCUGACGGCGCUCGUGUUCCUGAGUCUGGGCGAGAUCUUUGAGAAGGCUCAGCUGAUCCAGCAGUGGCUGUCCCAGCAGGCGAAGAAGAUUGCCGCGUCAGGCGAGCCGGUGGCGUGGGUUACCCCCAUUGGCAUGCCCGUCGUGCAGCCGUACCACAACGCCAUCAAGUCCACGUUUUCAACAAACCUGCAGACCAUCUGGCUUGUGGAGACUGGCAAUCCGUCACAGUUGCCGGCGGUUGGCAAGCAGGGGUCAGCGUUCCCACCAAACUUUGUCCACUCGCUCGACUCAACGCACAUGAUGAUGACCGCCAACGCGUGUCGCAAGGACGGAGUUGCCUUUGCCAGCGUCCACGACAGUUACUGGACCCAUGCCGCGACGGUGGAUCAAAUGAGCAGACACACGCGCGAGCAGUUUGUCAACAUUCACUCGCGUCCGCUGUUGAAGGAUUUGCAUUCAUUCUUCAGGCUGCAGUAUGAGGGUCGCAAGUACGUGCGCCCGCGUGGGAACGACGAGACGACGGUUGAAAUCGACCCGUGCCCGGAGCAGGGCGAAUUCGACAUCAACGAGGUACUGAAUUCCAAGUAUUUCUUCAGCUGAGGAGAAGAGAUAACACCAGACACGUGAACAGGCAAAUCGACUGAACAGCUGUG